CGUGGGGGGUGGGGGGUGGGGGGGACCCUGCCCUCCCCCGGCCCCUCCAGCCCCCAGGGUAGGAACUUACUUUUCUCUGGAAGCCGGUGAUCACGAUUCGAGCUCCGCGGCCUUCAUUUCAUGGCAGCCAGGGCCGGCAAGGCAGGAAUGGAGCCGGAAUCCUUGUACAACCUGCUGCAGCUCCCGAAGGCGGUGGGCUGGCCGGAGGAGGAGGAGCUCCCACAAGGAGAAAAGAAGAAGUACCUGCCACCCACCUCGCGGGGGGACCCCAAAUUUGGAGAGCUGCAGAAGGUGCUGAUGGAGUGGAUCAAUGCCAAGCUCCUCCCGGAGCACAUCGUGGUCCGCAGCCUGGAGGAGGACAUAUUCGAUGGGCUCAUCUUGCACCACCUUUUCCAGAUGCUGACCGGGCUCCGGCUGGACGUGGAGGAGAUGGCUCUCACGGUCCCCAACCAGAGGCGCAAGCUGGAGGCCGUCCUGGAGGCAGUCAACCGCAGCCUGCGGGCAGAAGAUCAGCCGCUCAAGUGGAGCGUGGACGCCAUCUUCAACAAGGACCUGCUGGCCACCUUGCAUCUCCUCGUGGCCCUGGCCAAGCGCUUCCAGCCCGACCUGCCCCUCCCGACCAAUGUCCAGGUGGAGGUGAUCACCAUGGAGAGCACCAAAAGUGGUCUGAAGUCGGAGAAGUCGAUGGAACAGCUCACUGAAUGCAGCACAGACAAGGACCCAGCUACCAGUGAGUACUUUUCCCACCGGGUGUGUGUUAAAACAGAUGGGAGGAUGAAGGGUCACUUGCUGGGUGUUCUCUGCUCUUGCCUCUGCGCCCCGCUACUUGUAUCUCGAGCCUUCUUCUGCUCCGUUUGCCCCUUCUUCUCUCCGUCAGUCCGUCCCAGGAUCGGGCUGUUUCCUCUCACGAUACUGCUCAAACCGCAGGGAGAGGUUUACAGUUCCCGCCGGUGGUCAUGGUGGAGUUGUUAUGAACGUGUGGGCUCUGAAGCCACAUGGCCCGGGUUCAGACACGAGCACUGGCCUUCUGACCCUCAGCCUGUUCUUCUCCCCCUUGCACCACGGAGACGCGGUCUUCAGUGGGCACGGCCUCCACCUUCCCAGGAGGCAGGAGCGCGCUUGACUGGAAGACUGAUUCGGGGCUCAGACUCUCAAGGGCUCGGCUCUAGGCUGCACAAUGUCACCCUGGCCCUGGAGCUGCUCAAGGACGAAGGCCUGCUCAGCUACCCCAUCAACCCCGAAGACAUCGUGAACAAGGACACCAAGAGCACGUUGCGUGUCCUCUACAGCCUGUUUCGCAAGCACAAGCUGAAAGAAAACGCAGACAUCACGCCCCGUGGAUCCCCGAAUUAACUGUCACUGCCCCCCCAAAGCUGCUUCUCUGAGCCUGCUUGCAGGACCCAAGGGAGGGCCCAAGGGCCACAGAGGGACCUCCCCCACCAUACAGCCGGCUGCCCUCUGUUUCCCUGUGUGUCUGUGGCACGCCUGCCCCUUCCCCCCAUCCCUGAUCCGCGUUUCCAUCCAAAUAUCUUUGAAUUCACUAGGCCUGGAUCUGUUUUGAACCAA